AUGAUUUCGAACGGGCAUUUGGUUGACGGGUCGUGGAACCUGAGAUUUUACGUCACGGAUCUUCAGGUUGAGAGGACAUUGAGGGUUAAAGGAGAUCUUCAUAUCGGUGGAGUCAUUCUUAAUUUGGUUGAAGAUUUAGAAACGGUGAAUUCAAUGUCAUUCAAUCCGUAUCAAGGUCAAACGCAGUUUCUCAUGUACUUAACUAUAAAUGCAUUUGUUUCUCUUAUUACGAAAAAAAAAAAAAUAUGUAAAUGUUAG